CUUCCACUCCAACCCCCCAUUUUCUCUCUCUCCUAAAUUGGUGUUGCUAUUACAUCAAUUCUGAGAAAGAAAACAACAACAAACAAAAGAAACACAAAUGAUUGCAGUGGUGCUCUACUUUCUCCUCUUCCUCCUCGGCCUCCUCUACACCCUCCUCUCCCCCACCAAGAACCUCCUCUCUCCAUGGCUCAAUUCACUCAAAGAUCCCCCCGCCUCCCCUCCUCCUCCUCCUCCGGCGCCGAUCGGAGGGCUGAGAGGCGUGUUCGCGACGUUCGACAAGAACAAGGACGGAUUCAUCACGAAGCAGGAGCUGAGGGAGUCUCUCCACAACAUGGGGAUUUUGGCGGGAGAGAAGGACGUAGAGGACAUGGUGGACAAGGUGGAUUUCAACGGCGACGGCCUCAUCGACUUCGAUGAAUUCUGCAAGCUCUACGAGUCCAUGGAUGGCAGCGGAGGUGGAGAAUCAGCGGCGGCGGAGGGAGGGGAUGGGGAUGGGGAUUUGAGAGAUGCGUUUGAUGUGUUCGAUGGGAACAAAGACGGGCGGAUCACGGUGGAGGAAUUGGGGAUGGUUCUGUCCUCCUUGGGAUUCAGUGAGGGGAGCAAGAUUGAGGACUGCAAGGAGAUGAUCAGAAAGGUGGAUGUUGAUGGAGAUGGGAUGGUUGAUUUUGAGGAGUUCAAGAAGAUGAUGAGGCACGGCCUUGGAAGGACUUUUUUACCGAUUUGAAUUCUUGUUUUACUCCAAUUCAACUGCUACUACUGAUUUUCCAUCAAUAUAGGUAGUAUCUAACUCUUGAUCAUUAUCAUCAUCUGUCAAAGUUGAUUAGUGACACUCUUGAAUCUUGAUUAGUGUGUUUGGAUUGUUAAUUGGGUGUACAGAUGGCUUAACAUGUGGGGUUUGGGAGAUCCUCUGACUCUUGUUAGAUCUGAUACUAGUUUAUUAUUGUUGAAACGAGGAUACAUAUGUUUACUUUACUUAUGAUAUGGAGCUAUGUUAAUAAUUUGUUAUGGAAUCAA